GUAACCCAUAAUGUAUUUCCGGUCUGAAAAAGGCAAACCGUAAACAGCCAUCACUCUAGUAGGCUAAACAAAAUAAUAAGGUUCAACGUUGCUUGUUAGGUUUCUCCGUACAUUUUUGUCUUUUUAGCCGGUCAAUCAUGUCCGGGCAAAACGCUCUCAACAUGAAGCAACCACCGAUCCAAUCCACAGCUGGAGCUGUGCCGGUGCGAAAUGAAAAAGGUGAGAUUUCUAUGGAGAAGGUGAAGGUGAAGCGAUAUGUGUCAGGUAAGCGUCCUGACUAUGCCCCUAUGGAGUCGUCGGAUGAAGAAGAGGAGGAUUUCCAGUUCGGGAAGAAGGGCAAGGAGGCUGAGCCAGAGCUGGAGCUUGAGGAGGAAGAGGUGUCAGACCCUCGUCUGAAACGCCUGCUCAACCGCGUCUCGGAGGAUGUGGAGGAAAGGUUGGCACGACACAGGCAGAUCGCUGAGCCGGAGCUUGUGGUGGAGAGUGAGGAGUCGGAUGAGGGGACUUGGCACCCUGAACGUGAGGAGAGCAGUGAAGAAGAGGAAGAGGAGGAGGAAGAGAUUGACGAUGAGGAAAUCGAGAGGCGCCGCGCGAUGAUGCGCCAGCGAGCAGAGGAACGGAAAAACGAAGAUAUGGAGAUCAUGGAGGUGGAGGAGGAGGGCAAGUCAGGGGAGGAGUCUGAAUCUGAGUCGGAGUAUGAGGAGUACACAGACAGCGAAGACGAGGCAGAGCCGCGGCUCAAGCCUGUCUUUAUACGCAAGAAGGACAGAGUGACUGUGGCGGAGAGAGAGGCCGAGGAGCUGAGGCAGAAGGAGCUGGAGGCUGAGGCCAAAAAGCAGGUGGAGGAACGAAGGCGCUACACCCUGAAGAUUGUGGAGGAGGAGGCGAAGAAGGAGUUCGAGGAGAACCGGCGCACGCUGGCCGCGCUGGAGGCCCUGGACACGGACGGAGAGAAUGAGGAGGAGGAGUACGAGGCCUGGAAGGUCCGUGAGCUGAAGCGGAUCAAGCGGGAUCGCGAGUGUCGAGAAGCGAUGGAGAAAGAGAAGAGUGAGAUUGAAAGAUUCCACAAUCUCACCGAGGAGGAGCGCAGAGCAGAGCUUCGCAACAACGGCAAAGUCAUCACCAACAAGGCCACCAAGGGCAAAUACAAGUUCCUCCAGAAGUACUACCACAGAGGAGCCUUCUUCAUGGAUGAAGAGCAGGAUGUCUUCAAGAGAGACUUCAGUGCUCCCACCCUGGAGGACCACUUCAACAAGACCAUUCUGCCCAAAGUCAUGCAGGUCAAGAACUUUGGUCGUUCUGGGCGUACCAAGUACACGCAUUUGGUGGACCAGGACACCACCUCAUUUGACUCUGCUUGGGCUCAAGAGAGUGCACAAAACAGCAAGUUCUUCAAGCAGAAGGCGGGUGGCGUGAGGGACGUGUUUGAUCGUCCUUCUGUGCAGAAGAGGAAAACCUAAACUGCACCCAUGCAGAGUGAAAGCUCCGGUGAAGACGUGGGACACAAUAACUCGACGCUCUGUGUCUUGUGACUGAACCACACUCCUUCCAGCUCACAUUCAUACUGGAAGCCCCCUGCUUGGGAUGGGUGGUUACCCUUGACUCACGGACUACAUUACCUAUAAAUGCUCAACUGGUUUUAAGUUGUAAUCCAUUAUUGAGGAUAAAUGUCAAACAGGUAUCCAUCAAAGAGAAUGGGUGUUCAGUCAUCGAUUGUUCCAAUUUCUGUACAUUUUUUAGUAAAUAUAAAACCAUUUCAUAGCCAUUGCAGUGAAAAUACCAUUUUCUAAUUUGAACAAUAUCACAGAAACAGUCUUCUGAUUUUUCCACAGCUGAAUUUUUUUCUCCUUUUUUUGUUAAAUAUGUGGUGAAUUUCUCUGUAAAUAAUUACUUGUAACAGCCCCUGAAAGUAGUGAACUUUUAUUGAGUGAUAUUAAAUUGGAAAAGUAAAAGUA